CAAGCCCUCGUUCUCUCCGUUGCAAAAAGAGCCUCAGAUUCCAGCUUUUUAAACAGGAUAGCUUAGCUGGGCCCCAGUGGGCUUGACAGUUUCUCUCUCUCUUUCUCUAAUUUAAAUUCUCUAUUCGUUUCUCUUUUUCUUCAACUUUCCUCUCCUAAAGUCUCUGCUAAAUGUUGGUGAACAUGGGAACCAACUUGACAGUAGUCGUGUUGUCUCUGUUCCUUUCGACCCUGUUGUUUUCUUUGGUCACCUCUGCUUCCACGAAUGGGUUGGUCAGGAUUGGGCUGAAAAAGAUUAAACUGGACCAAAACGACCGGCUUGCUGCACGACUUGAGUCCAAGGACGCACAGUCUUUAAGAGCUUCCAUUAGGAAGUAUCGUUUACCCAAUAAUCUCGGAGACUCUGAGGACACAGACAUUGUUGUGUUAAAGAACUACUUGGAUGCUCAAUAUUAUGGUGAGAUUGCCAUUGGUUCUCCCCCACAGAAGUUCACUGUAAUUUUUGACACUGGCAGCUCUAAUCUGUGGGUGCCAUCAGCUAAGUGCUAUUUCUCGGUGGCAUGUUAUUUCCAUGCUAAGUACAAGUCAAGUGAAUCGAGAACCUACCAGAAGAAUGGGACAUCUGCUUCUAUCCAAUAUGGUUCUGGUGCAAUAUCCGGUUUCUUUAGCUAUGAUGAUGUCAAAGUUGGUAACCUAGUUGUGAAGAAUCAGGAAUUUAUUGAGGCAACUAGAGAGCCUAGUGUCACAUUUUUGGUUGCAAAGUUUGAUGGUCUAUUAGGACUUGGAUUUAAAGAGAUUUCAGUUGGAAAUGCUGUUCCUUUUUGGUACAACAUGGUUGAACAAGGUCUUAUCCAAGAACCUGUAUUUUCAUUCUGGCUCAACCGCAAUGCAGAAGAAGAAGAAGGGGGCGAAAUCGUCUUUGGCGGGGUAGAUCCAAAUCAUUACAAGGGCAAGCACACUUAUGUUCCUGUGACACAGAAAGGUUAUUGGCAGUUUGACAUGGGUGAUGUUCUUAUCGAUGGUAAACCAACUGGGUAUUGUUCUGGCAGUUGUUCAGCUAUCGCAGAUUCUGGAACUUCCCUGGUGGCAGGUCCAACGACCGUGAUUACCAUGAUAAAUCAUGCAAUUGGAGCAUCUGGAGUUGUUAGUCAGGAGUGCAAGGCAGUGGUUGAGCAGUAUGGACAAACCAUCAUGGAUUUGCUCUUAGCUGAGGCAAGCCCGAAGAAGAUCUGCUCCCAGAUUGGAUUGUGCACAUUCGAUGGUACCCAUGGUGUUAGUAUGGGCAUUGAGAGUGUCGUGCAUCAGAGCAGUGGCAAAGUUUCUAGUGGAAUCCGUGAUGCUAUGUGCCCUGCUUGUGAGAUGGCUGUCGUGUGGAUGCAAAACCAGCUAAAGCAGAAUCAGACACAAGACCGUAUAUUGAACUAUGUCAAUGAGCUUUGUGACCGGAUGCCAAGCCCGAUGGGAGAAUCUGCUGUGGACUGUGGAAAGGUUUCUUCCAUGCCUAGUGUUUCCUUCACAAUUGGCGGCAAGGUUUUUGACCUCUCUUCACAGGAGUACAUACUCAAGGUGGGCGAGGGCUCUGCAGCUCAGUGCAUCAGCGGCUUUACAGCUUUAGAUGUUCCUCCGCCUCGUGGACCUCUCUGGAUCUUGGGAGAUGUCUUCAUGGGUCGCUACCACACCGUCUUCGAUUUCGGUGACCUGAGAGUCGGAUUUGCAGAGGCAGCAUAAGAAUCUAGCCUGCACCGUAAUCUCUAUAUAUUACUGUUCAAUGUGUGUAACUUCUUUAAACAUUUCAAAGUGAAAUGGUGGAAUCUUAAUUUGCCUGUAUAUAUUCUCUGUUAUGAACCUGAAUAGUUUAAGUGGUAUGUAAUAUGUAUGUGCAGUGAGGGCUAUGGAUUUGCUGUCGUUA